GCCAUCCUUGGAAAGAAGACACUUCUCGUCUCGUAUGGGGGUAACUGUCUUCGCAUAGUAUUCAGUCAAACCAGCUGCAAGAUGACUGUCAACUCUCCAGACUCACUGCAAGGAAACCAUGAGGAAGCAGAUACCCUUAUAGCAUUCCAUGCUGCCUCGGUCACUGGUAGUCUCCUCAUUCGAGCCUCGGACACUGAUGUCAUCGUGAUAAUCUUGGGGAUGCUUGGGCGGAAUAUAAUAUGAGUGGGAUACCACUGAAGUCGAUCAUCAUGGACUGCGGUUCAGGCAACAGCCGCAGGUAAAUUGACAUAACAAGCAUUGCCAAUGCCUUAGAGUUGAAACAAGCCGGACUUUCAGCUGCACUGCCUGGCCUACACGCCUUCACAGGCUGUGAUUUCACGUCGUCGUUUUACAGCCCUACGAGCUGCUUGAGAACAACGACGAUGGGAAUUUGAUCAAGUUGUUUAGCAGUAUGUCAUCCAGAGAAGAACCAAGCCAAAAGAAAGCGGAGGAGUAUGUGUGUUCCCUGUAUGGAAUGAAGGACGUGAAGGAAGUGAAUCGAGCAAGGCACAACAAACUGGUUCAAAUGACAGGAAAAAUUAAUCAGGAAAACCCAAUGGCCAAUGUAAAAAAGGUUGACCGUGCGCUACUACUACCGUGUGGAAAAGCUCUGUCAAAUAAGACUCGCCGUGCACAUUAUGUGUCUAUUGUCUGGGAUAAUGCGGACUCUCCACAACCAGAUCAUGAUUUGGACCCACUGCAGUACGGAUGGAAGGAUGAACAUGGAUAUUACACACCUGAUUGGUAUCCUGGGCCUGCAGAACCUGACAACCUUUUUGGAGGUGAUCGUAGGAGUGAGGGAGUUGAGAAUACUGAUGAAGACGCCGGCGGGCAAACUGAAGACUUGUAUGAUGAUGAUACUGACAUUGACACGGAUUCUGGACCAGACCAGCGAAAGUGA